AUGGCUGAAAUCAACCUGCUAAGGCUAGCAAUUCAAGGCCUACAAAAAGUUGCCGCACCUGAGAAGUUCUCGGGUCAUGGCACUCCCAAAAUUAAGGAAUGGCUCGAACAGAUUUACCUAUACCUGGAUGAUGUCAUGGAUGAGCAGCUAAGGAUUAAGCUGUCACUAUCCUACCUCGAGGGAGAUGCCCAUGACUACAUAGACAACUACUACACUCUGGUCCAGACGACUCAACUGCUUGGAACGUGGGCUGACUUUGUCAACUGGCUCACAACAUCUUACAACACCAAGGACAAGCCACGAGAGGCACAGCUUGAGGUCAAACGUCUAACAAAGAGCCCCUGGACAGACAUGUCCAAAUUUGCUGAAAAGUUCAAGAAGUGGGCGAACAAGUCUGCUUUGCCCGACGUGGAUCUUAUUGAAAAGAUCCGCUGCAUCACACCUGAAAAGAUCCUGCAAGUACAUGUGGGAACAGAUGAGAACCAGUGGCCUAUCACAUGGGAGGCUUACCUCAAUUGGGACUUGGACAUUGAACGAUGA